UAAAAAAAAAAAAAAAAAGCUGCUAAUUCUCUCCACCGCCAUAACCACUUCACUUCACUUCACUUCACUUCAAUAGCGCCACCGUAAUCUCACCGCCGACAUUAUUUCCUGAGCGUCAUCUGUACGGAAGAAAUGACCAGUGAUGGCAGAGUAUCUAGUAGGAAAACCGAUGAUGAAGUGCGAAGCCCGCCCGGUUUUGUCUCUGUUAGGCCUUUCACACUGAAGUGGACAAAAAAGGACCACGAACCUUAUAACUUGGUAGAGCCCAUUGAAGCUGCUUCCAAGAUAGUUGAUUUUGAAAAGCUUCAAAAGUCUGUUAAGCAAAGGCCAUGGGUACUUAAAACUCAACCCAUCAACCUGAAAAAAGGGGAUAGUAAACAUCUUAAGACAAAUAAUUCUGUAGAAAAUACCCUUCCAAAAGGAGUUAUUCUUGGGGGUUCAGGUUGCCAGAAGGUUAUUGCACGUUGGCGUCCAGAAGAUGCCUGCAGGCCUGUAGUAGAAUAUACUCCUGUUUUUCAGCCAGAAGAAGUGGAAUUUGAAGAUAUUUUCAAGUACAUUGCAAAGAUACGUCCGAAAGCUGAAGAAUAUGGAAUUUGUCGGAUCAUUCCUCCCAAAUCCUGGAAGCCACCAUGUCUUCUAAGGGGAACUAAAUUUGAAUCUUCUAGGUUCAGUACCCAUGUUCAGUCAAUUGACGCACUUAAAGAUCUGCAUUCAAAGAGGAAACUUAAUGAAAUUGUUGAACAAACGGAUGGAAAUAGGAGAAUUCGGGCCAAAAUAGAGAAUGGGUCUGAUAACUUUGAAUUUAAACGUGGUCCAGAGUUUACUUUGCGAACAUUCAGGGCGUACGCGGAGCAUUUCAAACAGAAUUAUUUUCAAAAGAAGGAUAUUUUUACUGAUUUUAGAACUCCACCUUGGGAAAAUAUUGAGGGAGAGUAUUGGCGGAUUGUUCAACAUCCGACUGAGGAAAUCCAGGUGCUGUGUGGUCAUAAUCUGGAGGCAGACUUACCAUCACUUGUUGAUGAUGGUCAAUCUGAGUACACGAAAUCUUGUUGGUAUCUACAUAAUACCCCUAAGCUGCCUGGUUCUCUUCUUUCUUUUGAUAGUGACAAUACUGCCGUUUUGUCCCCACGUAUGGAUGUAGGAAUGUGCUUUUCAUCCAUUUGUUGGAAAGUUGAAGAGCACCAAUUGUACUCCCUCAGUUACAUGCAUUUUGGUGCUUCAAGAAUCUGGUAUGGCGUCCCUAGUAAAUAUCACCUAAAAUGUGAAGCAUUACUGAAGAAAAGCUUCCCAGAAUUGGCGGGACAUCCUGAAUUGUUCCAUAAGCUAGUCACACAACUUUCACCCUCUACCUUGAAAGCAGAGGGUAUACCUGUCUAUCGUUGUGUACACAAUCCGAAGCAAUUUGUGCUUAUCUUCCCUGGAGCGUACUAUUCUGGAUUUGAUACUGGCUAUAGUGUUUCUGAGAAGGUCAACCUGGCACCCCUUGACUGGUUGCCUCAUGGACAGCUGACUGUAGAAACAUACAGUGCGAUGCAUAGGAAGACAUCCAUCUCCUAUGACAAACUGUUGAUGGAGGGGGUCAGAGAGGCUGCCAAAUCAAUACGGGACAUUCGAAAACAAGGGUGGAAUAAUCCAUGUGGAAAGGAUGGUUGGCUUACAAGAGCUCUUAAGUCGAGGACGAGGCAAGAAAGCUUCAGGAGGGAGUUCUUAUGCAAUGCUUCACAGUCGCGCAAAAUGGAAGAAGAUUUUGGUUGUACAGUGAAAAGGGAAUGCAUUAUAUGCUUUUAUGACUUGUACUUUUCCGCUGCCAGCUGUCCGUGUUCACCUGACAAAUAUUCUUGUCUUGAACAUUCAAAGCAGAUAUGUGCAUGUCCUUGGAGUUCCAGGUUCUUUCUUUUUCGAUAUGACAUUGAUGAGUUGAACCGUCUAAUUGACACUAUAGAAGGAGAACUUGAUCCAAAAUCGUAACUUUGCUAGCCUAAUGAUAGUUCAAAUGAUCACGUAUCACACAAUUGUAUUCUUGUUAUAUGCAUUGUAUCUAGUAUCUACAAUGUUGUAAAAAUUUACUUUCUAAGUCACAUAUGUGAAGCUGCUUCUAGUAACAUGCUAUGUAUAGACAAGGUUGUACAAGUUGUCCUUGAAGUUAUAGCAAUGUUCUUUGUGAUGCA